AUGGCCACCGGUUUACUUCCGUUAUUCUUGAUGGUUCUUGUGCAGUUGACCUAUGCAGGGAUGAACAUUACCUCAAAGCUUGCAAUAGAAUCUGGCACCAACCCUCUUAUCCUUGUUGCUUAUCGACAAAUCUUUGCAACUCUGUCCAUUGCUCCCUUUGCUUAUUGGCUGGAAUGGAAAACGCUUCCCAGGAUGACAAAGCGUGUUAUGCUUCAGAUAUUAUUAUGUUCCUUAACAGGAGUUACAGGAAACCAGAUUCUAUAUUUUGUGGGGCUAAAAUAUUCAACCGCUACAAUUGCAUGUGCAUUGAGCAAUCUGCUCCCAGCUUUUACUUUUAUCCUGGCAAUCAUUUUCAGACAAGAGAAUUUGAAAAUCAAGAAGAUGGAUGGCCAAGCAAAGGUGAUUGGGACAAUUUUGUGUGUGGGUGGAGCUCUUCUCCUAUCGUUUUAUCAUGGAAAAACUAUCGGUUUAGGCAACUCAAGUAUUCAUUGGAGAUAUGCAGAGAAAAUGGAAGGAACCAGCUCCUCUACCAAUACAAAUUUGCUUCUAGGCCCUUUAGCCUUAAUUGGUAGCACACUUAUUUGGGCAGGGUGGUUCAUAAUUCAAGCAGAUUUAAGCAAGAAGUUUCCAGCUCCUUACACAAGCACCGGUUGCAUGUGCUUCAUGGCAAGCUUUCAAUGUGUGUUCAUUGCCUUGUGUUUUGACCAUAGUGUCUCAGCGUGGUCACUUCGCGAUGCUAUGAGACUUUCCGCUGCUCUCUAUGCGGGAAUACUGUGCACUGGGUUAGCAUAUUGCCUAAUGUCGUGGGCCAUUGAGAGAAAAGGUCCACUUUAUGUGUCUGUAUUUACUCCUUUGCAGCUUGUCCUUACCGCUAUUUUAAGUUGGGCUUUGCUUCAGGAGAAAUUAUUCGUUGGAACUGCGGUAGGGUCUCUCCUCAUAAUUGUGGGGCUCUAUUCUGUUCUAUGGGGAAAGAGCAAAGAGGUAGUAAAUAAGAAAGAGGGUAUUGAAGUGACAGUUAAAGAAGCAAUCACAAAUAAUGAGAGGGAUGCCAAGGUUGACCUGGAAUUGCAAUCCCAUAAACCAUCCAAUUAA